UCCGCAAAGAAAGAAACAUUUGCAGUGACGGAACACAAGAGUUAAUGUAAACCCGAGAGCAAAUCGAGUCUUGUAAUAUAACGACGUAUGUGAAAGUAAUAUUUAUUACGAGCAAACGCGACGUCUCAAGAUGAACUUCCAGAAUGUGAAUCCCCUAAAUGUUCGAUUAAAUAUGAUCUCAGGCAAUUUGUUACCGAUGACGAGCGACGAUUCGUCGUUUCAUGUAGCGUGGAAAGUAUACAGCAUUGUCAUAUGGAUAAUCGAGCUGUACCAAACCAUCGCAACGGUUCGCGGAUUUGUACUGGUGGCGAAUAGCGAGACUCUGCAGGACGCCGGCACGAUUAGUAUCGUGAUAAGCGUUGAAGUGUGCGUUCUGCUCGCGCGUAUGUACGCAAACAGAGAUCUUGCGAGUCAGUUAAUCCAGAAGCUGAACAGUAUUCUGCGCUCGGAGGGCGAGAGUAUGGAGGGCAUUGUGCAUUCAACCCUGAAGCAGUUAGAGAUUCCGCUCAAGUUCUACAGCAUAGCUGGGACUGGAUCUGUAAUAGUGUAUUGCAGCCUACCGCUCGCGCUAAUUUUCAAGAAGAAGUAUUUUUUCUACGAAGAUUAUGGAAUGAUGGCAGCCUUCUCGAAACAACCAUUCUCGACGAAAGUUUUCGUGCUGGGCAACACUGUCGAAACUAUCGCCAGCAUGUUUAUAUUCCUAAAGAAGGUUGCCAUGGACGUUUAUAUGAUAAAUCUCGUAUUAUUGAUGACAGCGCAGUAUCGCUACAUCGCGGUGAAGCUCGCGACAAUACUUCGCAAUAAUAUCUCACAAAAUGAGGACCGUGAAUUCCAAAAGAAAUACUAUUCUGCAGAUUUAUCGGUUGAGAAACAGAUGAAAGAGUUUUGUCGACAUUAUAACACUAUAAUUCUUAUGACGUUGAUGUUAAAGAAAUUCCUAUCCUUGAAUAUGAGUUUGAUAUUCUUGACCAAUAUCAUUCUUUUCUGUUUUCUCGACAUAAUUAUCAUAAAUGCAAGUAAAGAAGUAACAGAUAAAGCAUUUCAUGAGAAGUGGUAUCAAUUUGGACCUUCGUUGAAACAUAUGUUCAGGAUGAUUAUAAUAGCCAAUAAUUUAAACACUAAAUUGUCGAUUUCUGAAAAGUUCAGUCUGUCCCUCCCUUCAUUUUUAUCGAUCUUAAAUCAAUCGUAUUCGAUUGCUCUUUUGCUUUUAAAAAUGAAAUGAAAAUUGGUAAGGAUGUUUAUUUGUCUUGAAAGUUACAUCUGUGUCUUUUACACAUUUUUAACUAGUAAUAAAAUAUGAUAAAAGUGAACAAUAUUGCUCAAUAUUGCUAACAUUUAAGUAAUUCGUUUCAGGAUAGAAUAUGUUACGAAAUAAGAAUUAAAGACUAAUAUUGCUAAUAAACGGAUUAUCUAAAUAAUUUAAAUAGAAUUAACAAAAAAUAAAAAUUACCAUAAUCAACGUACAAUAUGCAUGUUGGAAGUUUAUCAUUUUUCUUCGGCUCUUUGAUAAAGAAUUAAACCAUAUUAUUAUAUUCUAUUUUUUUUAUUUUAGUGUUAUAAACGCUGAACAGCGUAAUAAUAUUUUCUAUCGAAAUUAGAUAAAACUUACUUUAAGCACAACGAAAAUGUAGCUGUUAAUUUUGAAGUAGAACUAUUUUCACUAUUUCACAGUUUAAUUUACUAUUUAAUUUACUACAAACUGAACUGCAGUUUUCUGUCUAUUGACGACGCGCGAAAUAUCAUUAGUACUGCGAUCUGGCAGCGCUCUACUGGCAGCUCUGCGACAUAUGUAUCGUUAGCGCGCAAUAAAUAUACGUACCAUUAAAGAUAAUUAUUGCUUUUCAAAGCGCCAUAUGUAGCCACAGGAAAACCGGUAAUUUUACUUACCCUUUGUAAUAAACGAAAUGAAAAAUAGUACCACAUUUACCAUCUUUUUAGCAUCGUGAAAAUAUUUUUUCU